CAUGAAGUUGGCAGCCUAAGAGCAAAGUAGAGAGAGAGGUAAUAGAAAUAAAACCAAUGGGAGGCCGAUCGCCAUUUGCAGCUUUGUUUAAUGGGUUGAACACAAUGAAACCAUACCUUGCAAUGGUCUCCCUGCAGUUUGGAUAUGCAGGGAUGUACAUAGUCUCCAUGGUUUGUUUGAAGCAUGGAAUGAGCAAUUUCAUCCUCGCCACGUACCGACAUGUCGUCGCCACCAUUGUCAUUGCACCCUUUGCCAUUGUUCUCGAAAGGAAAAUAAGGCCAAAGAUGACCCUCCCUGUCUUCCUCAGGAUUGUAGCUCUUGGUUUCCUAGAGCCAGUGCUUGACCAAAACUUUUACUAUCUGGGGAUGAAGUUAACAACAGCAACAUUUUCAUCAGCUUUUGUCAACAUGCUUCCUGCUGUUACCUUCAUAUUGGCAAUGAUUUUCAGGUUAGAGAAGGUCAAUGUGAAGAAAAUAAGAAGUUUAGCAAAGAUCAUUGGAACAGCAAUUACAGUCAUAGGAGCAAUGGUGAUGACUUUAUACAAAGGUCCCAUUAUUGACUUCAUCAAGUCAGGGGGAGCUGUUCACCAAGGAACCGCCACCAAAUCCGAAGAUAAACAUUGGGUUACUGGCACAAUACUUCUUCUUGGAAGCAUCUGCAGCUGGGCAGGCUUCUUUAUAUUGCAAUCCUUCACGUUGAAGAAGUACCCUGCAGAGCUAUCCCUUACAGCAUGGAUAUGUUUCAUGGGGAUGAUUGAAGAUGCAAUUGUGUCACUCAUUAUGGUUCGCGACCUAAGUGCGUGGAAACUCGGGUGGGACUCGAGGCUACUUGCCGCAUCCUACUCUGGGAUAGUGAACUCCGGGAUUGCGUAUUACGUGCAAGGAGUCGUGAUCAGGCAACGAGGGCCGGUUUUCGUAACAUCUUUCAGUCCUCUAUGCAUGAUCAUCACUGCAAUACUAGGGGCAAUUAUUUUAGCAGAAAAAAUCCACCUUGGAAGCAUUCUUGGAGCUAUUAUCAUAGUCACAGGCCUCUACACAGUGGUGUGGGGUAAAAGCAAAGAUGGGGAAAACUCGGAAACAGAUGUGAAAUGCAAUGGCCUGCAGGAAUUGCCUAUCACAGGCAAUGCUAAAUCAAUCACUGAUGAUGAUGAUGAUAUUAAUGGACCUACCAAAAUUGUUACUAUUCCAGUUUCAAACACCCCCUUCACUCAAGGAACAUAAAAAAUAUUCCCUUCCAGGUGUUUGAUUAAAUUCCUAGCAGAGUUGUUCUUCCCCCAACCAAUAAAAAAAAAAUUAAAAAUCACUAUGUAACCAUCCCUUCCCCUCUCUAUCUCUCUAAGCUGCUCUGCAUCUAAUGUAAUUUAGCUAAUUAUGUUUUGAUUGUACUCUUGAGGCUUCUGAACUUGGUGCAGUAAAAAUUAAAAACCACGAGUGGUUUGCCUA